CUGGCCCCCUUUGAUGUGAGGUGGCCUUCCCACGAAUGUGGCGCCCAGUCGCCCUCUUUCUGGGAACACCUAAAUCCUUCCCGGACCUCUCCUGCCUGUGAUGUUAGGAACAGAGCAAAGACUGCUAUUUCACAGUCUCACUCUUGAACUCUUCAAGGGGCUCCAGAAAUGGCCAUCUAGCCCUGGUCUUGCCGUCCUCGGAACACCCCUCCACUUCCCACUUCAUUCCAAGUGAUCCCAGUUCAGAGACAGAAAGGUUGUGGAGGGAUACUCACUCCAGGACAGAGGGGCGCCACUGCUGCCCUGGCGGCGAGCAGCCCUCCACUAUCCUUCCGCCACCCCAGCCAGCUGGUCCAACUGGAAAUCCCAGAUAAGCCCCAGUACUGGUCAGAACUAGUUUGGCAGUUCUGUGCAAACAGCCCCCAGAACUGGCGGCGGGAGCUGGCAGUUUUGCAAAAGAAGGGGGGAAAAAAAGAACUGUAAGGGCCGAGAGGAGUGGCUAAAAUAUUUGAAACACUCCAAAAUUCUGCUCCCUUGCAAGUACAAGUUUAAAGUUAGGGAUCGAAACAAGAUUACCUCCCCCCACACACAUCAUUUUCCCACAGUGUCUCCUCUCCUUUGCAAUGCCCUUUUCUGUUGCAAUGCAAUUUGUUUUGCCAUGCGAUUGUUGAAGCAAUAUAAUCCUGCCCGCAGCGACUUUCAGUCAAAGUACUCUUUUCAGCAAUGCUAUUAUUAUUAGUAGUAGUAGUAGUAUUGCAAUUCAAUCUCCCUGCCCUCUCCCCUCCCUACUUAAAAUGCGCUCCGGCUGUGAUUGCUCGGGUCUGACUUUGCGAGUGGCAGUGCGCUUCCAAACCCCCCUCGUCCGCCCCCCACCCCCCAUUCCCCUCCCUCUCUUUUCCGCGCCCAGGCCAGAGCAGCCGAUUGGCAGAGCGGUGCUUUCGGGAACAAUAACAGUGGGGGGACUCGGGGGUUGGGGAGCCGCCCCCGCCCCCCGGCCCGGCGGCGCAGCUCUUGUCCCCAGCCGGGUCCCCACCUCAGUGCCCGCCCCGGGCCCGCCCCCGGCGCCCACCAUGUACGCCUUUGUGCGGUUCCUGGAGGACAACGUCUGCUACGCGCUGCCCGUGUCGUGCGUGCGCGACUUCAGCCCCCGCUCACGGCUGGAUUUUGACAACCAGAAGGUGUACGCCGUGUACCGGGGCCCAGAGGAGCUGGGUGCCGGGCCCGAGAGCCCCCCGCGCGCACCCCGCGACUGGGGUGCACUGCUGCUCCACAAGGCCCAGAUCCUGGCGCUGGCAGAAGACAAAUCUGACCUUGAAAACAGUGUGAUGCAGAAGAAAAUAAAAAUCCCCAAACUUUCUCUCAAUCACAUAGAAGAAGAUGGGGAGGUUAAAGAUUAUGGGGAAGAAGAUUCACAGCUUAGACACAUCAAGAGACCCGAGGGGCGGAAGCCGAGCGAAGUGGCGCACAAGAGCAUCGAGGCCGUGGUGGCCCGACUAGAGAAGCAGAACGGCCUGAGCCUGGGCCACAGCACGUGUCCAGAAGAGGUCUUCGUGGCGGCCUCGCCGGGCACAGAGGACAUGGACAGUCUGGAGGAGGCCGCUGUGCCCCGGGCUCUGUACGAGGAGCUGCUGCGCACCUACCAGCAGCAGCAGGAGGAGAUGCGCCACCUGCAGCAGGAGCUGGAGCGGACGCGGAGGCAGCUAGUGCAACAGGCCAAGAAGCUCAAGGAGUGCGGGGCGCUUGUGUCCGAGAUGAAGGAGCUCCGUGACCUCAACCGCAGGCUGCAGGACGUGCUGCUCCUAAGGCUCGGCAGCGACAAUCUUCGGGAAGGAGCAGAGCAGAAGGUGGUGUUCAUCACGGGACGCGUCCACCCCGGGGAGACGCCCUCCUCAUUUGUGUGCCAAGGGAUCAUUGACUUCCUCAUAAGCCAGCACCCAGUCGCCCGUGCCCUGCGGGAACACCUGGUCUUCAAGAUUGCACCAAUGCUCAACCCUGAUGGAGUCUACCUGGGCAAUUACAGGUGCUCUCUGAUGGGAUUCGACCUGAACCGUCACUGGCUGGAUCCCUCUCCGUGGGCCCACCCUACCCUGCAUGGGGUGAAACAGCUCAUCAUCCAGAUGCACAACGACCCUAAAACAAGCCUGGAGUUUUAUAUUGACAUCCACGCCCACUCCACCAUGAUGAAUGGCUUCAUGUACGGCAACAUCUUUGAGGAUGAAGAACGGUUCCAGAGGCAGGCCAUUUUUCCCAAGCUCCUCUGCCAGAAUGCCGAAGACUUCUCCUACUCCAGCACAUCCUUCAACCGGGACGCCGUGAAGGCAGGCACAGGCCGUCGCUUCCUCGGAGGGCUCCUGGACCACACCUCCUACUGCUACACCCUCGAGGUCUCCUUCUACAGCUACAUCAUCGGGGGCACCACGGCUGCUGUGCCCUACACCGAGGAAGCCUAUAUGAAGCUGGGGCGGAACGUGGCCAGAACGUUUCUGGACUACUAUCGGCUGAACCCCAUGGCUGAGAAACUGGCGCUGCCCAUGCCGAGGCUGCGGAAAGAAAAACCCCCUCCCCACAAGUCCCUACUCCCGCGGGGCCGGGCCAGCAACUACCCCAACGGCAAAAGGGACAAGAAGAUCUCAGUGGACCACAAAGACCCUUCAGGCCCUUUUUGAGGAUGUGAAGUCCGGGCGGUCUUGUGGAGGCAGGAGCAUGUGCUUUCUGCUGGGGCCUGGCAUUGAUCACCCUCUUAGUUUCCAAGACCAGGGCUGUGGGAUAAUGAGAAAGCUAGUGAAAGGGGAGGGAAAAAAUGAAAAAUUUCAUCAUUGAUUCUCCCUCUGACCAACGGGAAAUCAAUUGUAAGCCUUCAGCUUACAUCUCAGGAAUGAGAUAGGAGAGGCAAACCAAGCGAGGACAGAUGCCCUUGUCCACCACACAGACACUUGCACAGGAAGGGGAAUUGGACACACCCCUUUUGAGAGGUUUGACACAUCUCAGGUCAGUUUACCUGUUUCAGUUGUAUAUUCACUCCAUACAGAUGGCUACCUUUUAGAGGGAGCUAAGAAUAAGUUUACGGUUUUAGAAAAGCUGUGUCCAUAUUUGCUGGCCCAAAAUAACAUCAACCACACUUACAACCCAAAGACAAAUGUACUGUUGGGAACAGUGGGACAGCAUUUUUGAAAUCACAGCUUGUCUUAGACAUUCAGCCACUUUAUCUGUGAGUUGCAUGCCCCCUGACUCUCCCAAACCCCAGCAUGCAGCAUCAGAAAACUGUUCUGAGCUAUUUCCCAAUUUUAGCUCCAAAGACAGUAAGUAUUGGUCACUCAUGCUCCACAUCCUGUGGUCACAGAUCAAACCUGGCCACGGAAAAGGUGGGCAUUUAGUCUGAAAUGGGGUAAGGCUGGCUGCCAGGUAAGGAAGAUACAAAAGACAAAAAGAUGCACUCUGAGGCAGGUGGGGAUGAUACAAUAAAACAACAGCAGUAGUAAUCUCCAAGGUGGGGCAAGCUUAAUAUUGUGUAUUUUUCUAAAGAGUAAAGUGCCUUUGUAUGAUGAAUGGGUCCAGGAGAGUCUGCUCCCUCCCUGUCUGCGUGGCAAUGCGGCAGGCUGAGUCACCGUGACAGCCUGCUAAUUAAAAUGACCUCCAGGAAAUGAGGAUUAGGGGAUAGGGAGAGGAAGGGAGGCUCAAGAGAGAUAGGGCCUUUAGCACAAAGCUCCAGUUAAGCACUUUUUUUUCCUUUGGGUUGAAGAUUUUCUAAGUUUGUUGUAAAAAUCAAGAGCAAAGCUUAUUCUCCCUUUGCUUAUUGGUUUUCAGCAAUUAUAACAAAGAACCAUAUGUUAGCUGGCUGCAAAUGUUCUGUUGUGUAUACAGCUUCUCCCCUGUGUGCUUGUUGCCCAGAGGAACACAAAUAAAGUGGUUUAUGCAGCUCUUC